CCAAAUAUCACUCGGUCCUCCCUUGCACUUUUUGCAUUUGUGUCUCUCUUUCAUCUCACUCUCUCUCUAUAUAUGUACUUUUAUUGUAUUCUUUGUUUUGUCCAUUUCUAGCUAUUACUGAGAGAAAUGUAUCAACAUAGCCAUGACCAACCCUUGCCUUGUUUGCAUUGCCACCCACAUAGCUACAUUAGAAUGGUACAGCAUCUUAUAGAGAGGUGCUUGCUCUUCCACAUGAGCAGGGACCAAUGCAUAAAAGCACUAGCUGAGCAUGCCGGUAUUCGGCCUCUCGUCACACUCACAGUGUGGAGAGAGCUACUGAAAGAGAAUAGAGACUUCUUUCAAGCAUAUUUCCACUGGGUAAUUCGUCCCAAGCCUUAUACAAGUAAGCCCCCAUAGUAGAUAUAUUCAAAAGGCACCAAGGUUUGGAAGAAGGAAGCAGUACCACUGGAAGUGAAUGAGUAGGAGUUUUUUUUUUUUUUUUUUUUAAUGUAUCGUGGUGGGACCCACACCCCUCUCUCAUGUUCCGGGAAUCAUUAGUGAAAUUAUAUCUCCAUUUAAAUCCCA